GGAAGGUUCAAAACAGAAACGCAAACAUGGUCUUUCGAGUGGCGGCACCACAAGUAGACACUGACCACGACCAUGACCUGGAAGUGAAGCUGAGCAACCGCGGGUUUGACCUCAUGUCUCAUGAGAUCAUCGAGCAGCGCCUGGAGAACUUGAAGCGGAAACCCAAAUGGAGCGACUGGCUUGACGCGUACGUCAGGUCCAUUGAUCACGACGGUGAUGGAAACGACGAUGACGAGUGGACGCCGAAAAGUUCCAAAGUGACAUCAAGUCGCCACGACGGCGCAUAUUUGAGCCGAUCUGGUUUCAUCGCUCAUGUGUUCUGGACAGUCGUUGCCCUUUUGUUCGCGCCGUUCAUCGUGCUGUUUUGCGCACCGUUCCAGCGGUUUUACACACCAGACAUGUGGCCCUUGGGAUGCAAUUCACCCACGAGCUUCAUCAAGCAAGGUGUUCUCAAUGCGUGCACGAUCGUGUUGAUCGUCGCUGUGGCGUAUCGAAAUUUGUGCGACGAAUUUCCGUCGCGAAACAUGGAGGCAAACAUCGCCCUCGUUCACCAACACGUGGCCGUUCUCUACUGGAAACUGCAUCAUUGCGCCCACGAAAUGCAUGUCUCGAAAGACGUGACGGGGUGCUGCUUCAAGUGGUUCCAGGGCAUCGUGGAAGGGGGGGGCGUCGACGCCGAGUGGCCGAUCUUGAUGCCUCGGGAAUGUCUCGGACCGAUCAUUGAAGCCGCCAUGAUAGUUGCAUCGGUUGGUCUCCUAUUCAAAUUUUACCACAAGUGGUCGAGGUCGUCCUUUCCCCUGUCCGCGCUGAUGCCUCAAGUUUACACAUGUAGAUAUGCCAUCUUCACAUACGUAGUCAUCCAGUACACGACGUCGUCUGUAGUCGUGCAGUCUAUGCUGUCACCUCAACCGACUAUUGUGGCGUUGGAGCCUGAGUACGCCAUGGUGGACGAAGAAUUGGUCGUCUCGAUCGAUGGCGCUCACUUGCAAGCGGGCGGGACCAUCGGAUGGAUUCCAUUUUGGUGCUCGCCGUCGACGUAUGGGUCCGAUGCGUUUGUGGGUGACUGCGACAAGCAAUUUGAAGCCCCGUUCGAGAACGGCGUCGUGCACGUCAUGUUCCGCCUCGUCGACACGUACAUCCCGUGCUACAAGAACCCACCGAAUCCGUUGCAACCCCCCGUGUACCAGUGCUUUGAUUCCGUCCCGCUGCGUGUGAAGGACCGACAGAGCAUCCCUGGCUUGUUCAAGGCCGCCCCUGCGUCGCCGCCCGCUUCUAUCACGGUGGAAAUCUCGGCAAAUGCCCUCUGACAACCCACGACGGCGCAACAAUGAAGUAUUUAGGCACGCAUGAGUACGGGUGGCUCGCGCACCGCUUGAUAAAUCCAUGUCAGCGGGCGUUGUUAAAAUAUAUAUUGGGUUUCUCGUAAUUCAUAAAUAUUUUUGAAUAUUUGGCUGAA